GAAAAAGUUGUUUCAAAUCACCCCCCGAACCACCUCUUUCAAUGUGUUACAACAUUUUUGGGACACCCUGUAUUCAAAAAUUCCAACAGCAAACUAAACAUUUGUUUCCAAAAUAAGUUUAUUCGUAGACGUCUGGUCGCUCGACAUUUUUUCUUACAAUUAAUAGAAUACAUCGAUAAAGUUUGGUCGAACGUUUUAGUAGCACCCUUUAUUCGCCCGAAUGCAACGUAGAACUGUCCUCUAUGUACGGUACUGGACGUGUUAUCCCCUCCAUGCGGUAUUACGAUUACGUUCGCCAUAUCAUUGAGCGUGGUGCUUCACUAUAUCAACCGGUAUAUCGAGAAUCACGAACAAUCUGUAUCGGGAUAAUACGCAUUUGCAAAUGUGGUACCUUUCGAAAUAUACUGCAAUUGAUUUUACGGAGAUAAUCACAAAGUUAAGCCGAUAAAAGAAAGUGUUAAAAAGCACAUCCUUGUAUAAAGUUUGGUGGACAUGGAUGCUAAUUUAUGUGAAAAAAAUGAAAUGCUAGUGCAAGCAGGUGUUGUUACAUUCCAAGACAUAUCAUGUGACAAAAAUGAGAAAACAGAAGUAUCUAAUUGUCAAUGUAUAGUCAAUGAUGAAUUGACAUAUACACAAACAAAAGGAAAGGCAUUACACAUAGAUGCAACAAACAUUCCUUCCAAGCUAAAGAAAAGUUUGUCUAAAAUUAAAGUAAAAAAACCUAAACUUGAGCGGGAAUCAAGUUAUGAUUCUACAAAGUUAGAGGAUAGUCCAGCGCAAGUAUUAGAGCGAUUUAAACGUGGAUGUGAAUGUCAGGAUGAUCAGUGCUUUAAAGGUCUAAAUUCUGAAACUGUAUACCGGCACAGACUGAACAUUGCAGAAUUAACAAAGGCUGAACACGAUAUGUAUUUAAUGGGUGUUACCAUGGCAUGCUUGACAAAUCCAUAUGAAACAGCAAGACAUACAGAGCGGCGUAGAUUGCGAGCACAGUAUGUGUAUCAAGGUCGAAGAGUUUGUUUAGAUGCUUUUUUAUACUUAGAGAACUGUACGCAUUACCAAAUAAAAAGAAUUAGGAAACAUUUAAUGACUCAUGGCGUGACACCGCGGGUUCAUGGAAAUCACGGAAAAAUUCCACACAACACGUUUUCCUUAGAUAUUUAUAAAAUUGCCACAGAAUUUUUAAAAAAUUUUAUGGAACUUCAGGAAGCAAAACAAAAAACUAAAGUUGCUAAACAUGCACAGUUACAUCUUCCGUCUGAUAUUACGCGUAAAGUAGUAUAUGAUUCGUAUAUACAAUAUUGUAGGAAACUAUCACCUAAUAUUAAAAUAAUGGGAUAUUCGACAUUUAGGAGAUUUAUGAAAGUUCAAUUUCCGCAAGUAAAGUUUGCAAAAUUAGAAUUUGUAGUUAGAAAUCAAAGUGUACAAAGUCAAGGGUGUAGCAAAACAGAUUUGGAGAAGAAGGAUCUCGCGGAUGAAAAAUUAUCCGAGUCAGCAAACUUAAUAACAGAGGAUGGUGCCUUAUUACCUUUAUUAAUUGCUAGUGAAACGGGACAAAGCGAUACUUAUUUUUUGACACCAGUCAGCAAAUUACAAGAUGGUAUAAGUUAUCAGAUAACUACAAGUGGGCUUCUAGUCAAUAAACCAGCAUUGCCCAUCACUUUAACUAAAGUAAACGCUAUUUAAAAAUAAAAAUUUUUAUAUAUAAUAUAAUAUAAAAUAAUAUAUGUAAUAAUAUAUUUAUAUACUUACACAAAAAAUAAAUAUUUAAGUGAUAUUUUAAACAUCAAAUUUUAUCUUGACAAAAUGAUUUUAUGGUUGACAUUAUAAAAAAUAAGGGUUUUCUUGGUUUAAGAGCUUUUAUGCAACUAUAUUCAUUAAGAAUCUCAUGUUUUAUGGCAUGAUAAUUUAUCCCGAUUAUGUACAAAAAAUAUUAAUAAGUAUUCUAUAUUGAAAAUAUUGAAACGCAGUAUUAACUACCUAAGAGAAAAAAAACGGUUAAAGAGAGACAAAUGUUUGUUUAAUAGACAAGAAUUUGGAAUUUAUAACCAUUUAGUGAUAUAAUGGUAUCAUUAUGUUAUGUAGAUGGUGUAUGUAGGUUAUACAAGUUUUUAUUAUGUGUAUUAGAAUAAUUUAAUGCAAAUUCAUACCCUAUAUUUUAAUGUAAAAAAUAAAUAUAAAUACUUAAAUAUAGCCCAUAUUAUAACUGAUUUAUAUAUAUUUAUAAUCUCUUAUAUAAAAUAUCUUAUUCUAAUAAAAAUCAAUAUCUACAGUCAAACAUGUAAAAUAAGUAUUUACAAAAGUUAAGAAUUCGAUCUGAUUGUAUUAUGUUAAUGUUUACAUUUUAUACAACACAAAUGUGUAAUAAAUAAUUGAGCAAUAAAUAAUUUGUAUUUUU